AUGGCUUUCUAUGAAGUCUAUUCUCAUCCGGCAUUGGUCCGGUACAAAACCAGCGUUUGCACAAAAGCCACCCUCUUUUUGAUUGUGGUUUUGUGCCUUACCUACAUCCCACCUCUGCUCGUUGCUUACAGGAGCCAAGGUAACCUCACACUCAUCUAACACCAUAAAUUCAUGUUUACCGAUAAAUGACUGCAGUCUGAGCUGUUUGCUAAAUGGCCGGAUUUCUCUAUGACUAAACUAGUGUGUUCUUUGCUCCCCUUUUUACGUUUUUUAGGGUUUUGGGUAAAAAGAGGCACCUAUGAGGAGCAGCCGGUUGUGAGGUUUCAGUACCAAACUCUGUUAGUGGCAGCAACUAGUACUCAAGGAGACCAUGUCGCCUGGAGCACCUUUCCUCAUCUUAAUAACAUGCUCGGACCUAACCUCCGGAUCCCAGCCGUCUCUGUAAGAGCUGUGUUGCAAGUGUUUCUCUACAGCUCCACAUCAUAGUCCCAUUAGACAUUGUUUACACAGUUAUAAAGAAAACUGGCAUAGGUGAUGUACUAUUAGGUUAGUAAAUAAUGAAACAGUAUGUGUGUUCCCUUUCUCGCUCUAUAGGUAAGAGAAGAGGAUCCGAACCAGGAUGGGAAACUGGAUCGCCUAACUUUUCAGCUCCAGCUUCCUCUAAAACCAGAGGAACAGGUGUACAGUGUCCAACUGCUGCUUACCUUCAGCUACCAACUUUUUGUAUGUAUGCCUCCACCCAGUCUUUGCAGCCAUUGAUUAACACUGCAUACAUGACACACUCUGUGGGUCUCUGACAUCAUUAGGAGAGGGUAAGUCAGGUUUAUGUCCAUACAAAUUAAGCUCUUCAUAUUUAUCCAGCAAAUUUCUUUUAAUGGAUUUACAUACAGAAUAGUCUCCUCUUUAUUGAUGUUUGUUCAUGUUCUUGAAAAAAGUUCAAAUUCAGUCUCAAAGAUUUCAAACCUGAAAAGGACUUAAGGAGCUAGGAUUAAAAAAUUUAGUCAUAUGACUUAAAGUCUUGUGUUUCAUGUUCAGAUUUAGUGUUUUUGGAGUCAUUAGUACAUUGUUUUUAGCCUUUUUAACUCCAGUGAUGCACAGUUUUCUAACUAUAAGGUAUGAACUGGUCCAAAUUGGUUCAUAUCAGAGUUCUUGUUCUGAAAUUCAGCUGAGAGCAUAUCGAGUAUUUCAGAUGAGCGGUUCAGGCUUCCUCAGGUGAUCCAGCUCUCAAAUCUGCGGCUGAAAUGGAAGCUCUCGCUGGGUCACUGUGAUUAUUCUGCAGUGAAAUGAGAAGCCUGUGUGUUUCUAGUUUGAUUACAUCCUCCAAACCUCCUGCUGAUCCAAAGCAGAGACUCGCUCUGUGACACAUAAAUUAAAAGUUUGGAAUACACAGUUAAAAAUAUAAAAAUAAAAUAAAAAGGGCAAAACUAUUUAAAAAAAGGUUUUUUUAAGUUAGGAUGCACCUUUAAGAUGCCUGACUGAAUAAUCAUUAAGUAGGUCUUGAAUUAAGGAAGUGAAGUAGAAUUUUUAGAGAUGUGGAUGAAAAUUAAGACAAUAAAAAGAGAGAAGACUUUAAUGUGUCUCAUAUAAUACCAGUGAUCAUUCAAAAUAAACUAAACUAUAUUUUUAACAUCACAGAAUGUAGUUGUCUAUUUGUACAUCUAUACACAAGUAAAGGAUGUUCUCACAUUCAAAAAUGAUGUAUUAUAUAACUUUUUAUUUUAGCAGCAGAUGGAAAAUUCAUGAACAUUUAAUGAAAUUAAAUGAUAUUGUAGUUAAUGGGACACUUGGUAAAGAAAUCAGAAAAACAUACUGUAACAAAAGGAUAAAUUCCGAUGCAGCAGAAGUCCAUAACCCAAAUUGACCCUUUACAGUACAUUAACUAAUAUUUAAAUAAUCAUUUGUAUAAUAAUGACUCUUUAUUGAUUGCGUUUAGACUACCAAUACAGAGGUUCUCAACUCUGUUCCUCCAUCAAAGUAAGGCUUGUCAGCUGCAGUCAGACAACUAUCCGCAAUAUCCACAAGUCAAGCUAAAGUAAUAAGCCUAAUUUCCUUGCCUUUUCUCAGCGGAUGUCUACAGUGGUGAUGCAGAGCUUAGCCUAUGUGCAGCACUCCUCUUCUGUCCCUGGAGCUAAACUGUUCAUCAGUGGAGACCUGAGGCUGCAGCAGAGAACACCCCUACCUCACAGAGGACUGUACAACAUUUACAAUGUAAGAGGACUCACUGGUCUUUCAUCUGUUCUGCUGUCCUCCCUCUCUCACUUGUCUUUGUCCAUCUUUGUCUGUCUCAUUGUCACUUGUUCUCUCUGGCUCACUCGCUUCUCUUCAAUUCCAAGUUUAGUUUGCUUUAUAGGCAUGAACAAAUUUGUGGUUAUAUUCCCAAUGCAGUGUACAGAACAAUGAUAAUGAUAGAACAAAUUUUCAAAGAUUACACUGAUAAUGCGUGUUUUGACAUUUAAUAUAGUUGAUCAAAUUACAGUUUUUCAUCAUGAUAUAGUCGAUCAAAUGCAGUAAAUAAAUACAUUAUAGUUAAUCCGAAAUUGUAUAACUCAAAUGUGAAUCAUAUAGUUCCUCUGUGUUUUGGCACCAACAGUGUGCGUAAGUCCCUCAGGUUGCAGCACUUGGUUGUGCCCGUCUGGCCUCUUACUGCAAUAGAGCUCUGGCAUCACCACGUCUUUUUACUUACACACUGCACUCUGACGUGACAUGAUACUGGUGAUCCAGAGUGUGAUCACACAUCACAUUAGGGCACUGCAGGGGAAGCCUGAGAAGCACCGUUUGUUAAAAUGCAAACACUCACUUACUCCCACUUAGAUAUGCAUUUAAACACAGCCCUGUCCUGUACUGCCAGCUCCAACACUACACAUCACCAUCUACUUCAGAGGAAAGCUGAUGAUAGGAUUAUGGUUAACACGGGAAAACCAACUUAUAGUGAAUUAGUGAGAAGGGAAGAUGUUAUUUCCACAGAAUGGAGUGGAGUCCUGCCCACCCUGAAGGAGAUUGGCCCUGUAUCAGCAUUGAGAUGUGCAAAGGAGCCUUCUUGUCUCAUUCAUCUGCUUGUAAUCAACAAAAAAUGCUCACAUGCUGCUGUGUGGUAAAAUUAAGCUUCCAGAAAAAGAACUUUGAGUUACAGUUUUUAGAAAAUCUGUUAAAGGAAAAACCGGGCUUUUAAGUUAACAAAGAUGGAGCAGGCAAUAAAAUAUAAGUAAUUACAUUGAACAAUGGAAGAAAUCUGUAAUUUGGUUUGAAAGACUGAGGGUUUAUGCUCAGCUAUGCAUGGGCUGCUUUUAUCUUUGCUAAAUUAAACAUGAUUUUUACUGGUCAUUCAGUCUAAUGGUUUUAAAUAAAAAGUCUCUUAUGGCAAUUUUUGGGAUUUUUUUAAAGAAAAAACAGGGUAAGAAGAAGAACCCUGAAAUGGACAUUUGAUAUCAAGUUUGUUAAUGUAAUGUACUUCCUCUUGUUUUGUAGACUUAUGCUUGACAUGUUUGUAUCUUGAGUACUUGCAGCCUUCCCUGCACUUUUAACUUCCAGUAUCUUUGGCUUGACUUUUCAUAAACCUCCAUCAUUAUGCACUUCUUAUAUUUCUGUAAUAUUUUGCAUGUGAUUAUGGGCCAUGAUUUUGAUUUAGUCCUUCUAAAAUGUAUUUUACCAUUUUAUUUCGAGCUGCCAUCAUCUUGUUUCCAUGGUUUUGCUUUUGUUUUUGUGUAUGUAGUUGAUGGAGAACAUAUUGUUAAUUUGUUGACACACUUUUGUCCAGGUUUAUCGGCUUCACAAUGAUACUGACUGACUGGUAGUCAAAGUAAAGAUCAUUAUUGGUCAGGGAUUUAUUUCAUUUGUUUUUUUCUUUGCUUAGAUGUCGGUAAUUGAUGGUUCCAGCCCCUUUGCAAGUGCAUAUGACCUUGACAGCAUCAUCGGGCGGUACCAGGAAAGGAACCGUAUGUUGACAUUGGCUCUUACUGUCUUUGCCUUUUUUUUAUUAAAACCGGAUAUACUUCAAUGAGGAUUUUCAAACUUAAUCCCUAUGUUUGAGUUGGACUCUGAACCACAGCUUAGCACAGGAUAGACUUCCUUGAGCAGUUUUGAAAUGUGGCAACUCUCCAUUUGUUCCUACAGUGACAACAGUACUGUCCUGUCCCAUGCCAGUGUGGACUGUGGGACGAGCUGCUGGUUCUCCAUUUCAACUUAAUGCCGAGAUCCGUUAUCCAACAGAAGUCAUUUAAUAUCCUUUUGUAAUGACAGACGCAGGCAGGAGUAUUGGUUUCUUUAUCAUGUUCAUUUUGUUUAACUUCAAAACUUUCAUGAGCAGCCCUGCAAUUAACUGGCAACUUGUCCAGGGUGUCCCUUGCCUUUGCCCCAAGAGGCUGGAGCAUCCCAUUGCCCCCCAAUGGGAUGAGUGGUAGAAAAUGGAUGGAUGAAUGGACUUUCAUGAGACACAGUCUUGCUAAAAACCUGAGACAAUGUUUAAACUUUCAAAUGAAGAAAAAGACCACAGCCUGCAGCAGGGAGAGCACACCUUCUAUUUUAUAUGCAUACAUGUAAAACCGAGGCAGGGAGAGCAGCAGCAAAGAAUGUAGCAGGUGCCACAAUACAUAUGGCACUAGUAAAAUUAGACGCAGGAUAAUAAGGAAGAGUUUGGGUGAAGACGGGUUGCAGUUUCAAAAGAAGGCCCAUUUUGAUGUUAUCCGCCAAGCUGUUAGCUGUCCAAAACACCAAGAUGACAGCAGCACUCAAAACUUUAGAAAAUCUCAUAUGAUAUUCCGACAUUUGAAAAUCUUGUGAAAGGUUGGCGGAUUGAACCUUUUAGUUGUAAGAAAAAGUGUUUACCAGUAAUAUUUUCUUCCUAUUUAGCUCCAAAAUCAAAUUUGUGAUCCUGUUGUUUUUCAUUUGGUGGCUACGGUUAAGAAAUAGGAUAAAAUCAAAAUCACAAAAAUAUCUGCAUGCUUCAUGUUAUGUAUGUCUAAGUGAUAUGACCGUCUUGGACAAUAGUUAUGUGUUAGACAUUGUAAAGAUGUCAGGGAAAAAUGGACUACCUUCAAGUAUAUUGCUAAUAACUUGUGUGUAGCUGUUGUUAUGAAAUUGUCUUUUUGUUCUCUCCCUUGACUGUCUCUAUCCACCUACCGUCCAGGCUUCUGGGAAACCAUCAAAUUUGCCUGGAUUCAGUACGUCAGUGUCCUUCUCAUCUUCCUCUGGGUCUUUGAGCGCAUUCAGAGAUUUGUUUUCCAGAACCAGGUUCUCACCACUGUACCCAUACCAGUGGGAAAACCUCACCUGUCAUGAUGCAGUGGUCAUGUUUUCACCUGGGUGAACAGAAACUCAGGGUUGCCUAGAGUAGAGAAAAGCAUGUUGUGUCAGAGGAACUUAGACAUAUCAGGUGGAAACUGGCUGGAAUCGUAAACCACAUUCUGAAAACAGUAGGAUACAGGCUGAUAUCUCAUCCAUACAAUUUGUGACAGUUUAAACAUUUAAAAUUCAAGUUCUUGCAGUUUUUAUCUAAUUCAUUUAAAGUUUGAUGACACGUGGAAUUCACUUAAUACACUGUUGCGAUACAAAUCAUCAUACACUGACAAAACUUAAUUCACUGAGCAACAUCCACUAUCACUUAUGAAAUGUUUGUAGUCAUUAAUGUUCAAAUUUAACACUCAAGAGAACUUGUAGUGGUCCCUGAGUAGAUGUUUUGCAGAGGGACACUCAAUGCCAGUCAUUAAUUAACCCUCUUUGUGAGAGGUGACUUCCUGCAGGCCUUCCUCUGCAGGAACUUUUGCCCGGUUCAAUGCAUUUUCUCUUUUGACUGCUUUUUAAAGCUAUAGAGCUAUAGAAAAUAUGAACAGAUUUUCUAUAUUUAUACCAUUUGUAUUUUUUGAGAGUGUAAGACAGUCAUUGCAAAAAAUUUGUUUUUUUUUCCUAACAAUUUUUAUUGUAAAUAGAUUUAGAUGAUAGAUAAUAAACAUUUUCACACAUUUUGAUAUCUCUUCUUAGUUCUUCAUUUUUGUGCAUCUCUGUUCAAGAAAAUGACUAAUUGUAAUGUCGGAUCAAUGUGAUUUUGAAGUGAAGCUUGAAUAACCUUUUCCUUUUAUUACAUAACUCAGUAUAAUAUUAGAAAAAUAUUUACAAAGAGGGACAGACCCUAAAACAUUCCUGAAUUAUCACUCCACCCUAAAGCUUAAAUACAUGACUAAUUAUGUUAUUACUAUACCUGGCAGCACAUGCUGAAGGCAAAUCUCACCUGAUUUACCGUCAUCAGAACACAAGGAAGCUGUUCUUUGCUUGACUUGUUUGUGUUGUUGGUUAUGAAGCUGACCUCAAGCUCCAUAAUGACCUCUGCAUUAAUUACAAAUGCUUUAUAAGCUGCUGCUAAUAUUUAUUCAGGAUAGGAGGUUAGUCAGCUGUAUUAAGGAAGUUGGGAUAGUGUGUUUUUUACUAGGCCCCUUAGCGUCUCAAGAGAUGCUUGUUUGUCUUCUAUUUGUGUGUGUGCGUGCGUGCGUGUGUGUGUGUGUGUGUGUGUGAGUGUGUAGUUCUGGACCAGAAGCGAAGGAUUAGCUCAUUUAGGCCACUCAGUUUGCCAGUUCAGGGUGGGUCACACAGUUUGGUAAGAGCAACUCCCUGUUGCACAACUCAGUCCUUAAAUUUCUCAUCUGCCCAUCGAAGGAUUACAUUUAGGCCAUUAAGCAGCCACUCUGAUGUGACAUUUUACCGUCAAAGGCUUCUACAAAAAGCUGUUGUGCUCCAGGGUGUUUCAUGUACAGGGAAACAUCAUUAGUGCGUUUGCCAUAAUACCUGCAUAUCUGUGUUGACAAGAUUGUACCCACUGAAACUGCACAGCCCUUUGCUAGUAACAGGCCAUGGAUCACUCCUGACAAAAGCUCUCUUAAAGGGAAAAAAGAGGACUUUUUGGUCAGGGAACAAGGAGGAGAUGCAGACUGUUCGAAGGGAACAAAGGAGGAAGAUCAGAGACAGGGAAAACUGCUACAGGAUGAAGAUGGAGGAUCAGCUGCAGCAGAGGGAUGUCAGUGGAGUUUGAAGGGGCCUGAAAACCCGGUCACAAGGCCUCAACAGCUGCGCUGAUAAGGGACCAUGAUUAGGUGGACAACCUGAACACUUUCUUCGACACGUUUGACCAGCCAUACACCCCUCCUCCCACCCAACCCAUCCUGCUGUAACCAUUGCUAUUCACACCUCCUGCUGACUGUAUGACCCCUGCUCUAACGAUUCUCCCUGUCGUAACAACCCCCCUGCACACCCCAAGCCAGCUCCAGCGUGUCCUUCUCCAUGUCCCGGGUACAGAGGGAACUGAAAAGGCUAAAGGUCAGAAAGGCCCCAGGUCGAGGUGGCAUCAGUUCCAGCCUCCUCAGAUUCUGCACAAACCAGCUGCGUGGGAUUAAAGUGCACCUUUACACCAUGAACCUGAAGCUGGGGAGGGUACCACAACUGUGGAAGACCUCAUGUGUGGUGCCGAUGCCAAAGAUCCCUCACACUAAGAACUUCAACCACUAAAGGCAAGUGGCACUGACAUUGCACCUGAUGAAGACCCUGGAGAAGCUGGUCUUGUCAUCUGCGCCCCCUGGUGAGCUCGUCAAUAGAUCCAGUUCGCCUAUCAGCCAGGCAUCGGAGUAGAUGAUGCUGUCAUCUACCUCCUGCAAAGAUCUUUCUCUCACCUGGAGAGGACUUUGAGCACUGUAAGGAUCAUCUUCUAUGAUUUCUCCAGUGCCCUCAAUGACAUACAGCCUGAUCUUCUAAUAAAGACCUCAUCUUUAACGUACACAUGCCCAUAGCUGUAUUGGACACCCUGAGAGAACUACAGAUGUGUGACUGCUUUAAUUGGUGAAUGGUUUGUGACAGCAUGCAUUCCAGCCUCAUGAUGGCACAGCAGAAGACGUCAUAAUCAAAAUAAUCCAUCCUCUAGGCACCACGAACGUCUGUUCCAAACUCAUGCCAAUCAACUGAGAAAUUUAAAAGGAUGAACAAAGUCACUAUGACUGACAUACCUUGAGUCAUAAUGUCGGGUCAUAAAAUAGACUUAUGAGCAAUGUAUUUGCUCAACAACAUUGCAUCUUUUGCAGUUAGACAGUAUGCAGAAGUUUGCUCGAGAUUUGUGAUGGAUGUAUUCCCCACCUAAGCAAAAAUUUGUUCUUUUCUACCAUUUAAAGUACUAACAAGAGAGAAAAUAAAAGACAGCAGUGAAAAAUAAUUAUUUCCCUUUUUAAGUCUAUAUUUUGGGCUCUCCGCUGAGAGAUAUGAGAGUGGAUAGAGUGGGUUUUAGAGAGUAAAAGGGUGUGCAGUUCAACCACUGAGCCAAAAAAGGCCAAACCCAAUAGUUGAUUUUUACAGAAGAACCUUUUUUACUCCUUGAGAACAAAAUACAGACAAUGACAUACACAGUGCCACACUGCUUCGACUGACUGUUGUUUGAAUGACAGUGCAUUGUCGUCUUCCUUUACACCUUUUGUGACUGAUGCCACGUCAAUGCUUUGGGACAAAGUCAGCCCCCCUACCCCCUCCUCUCUUUUGUCUUCAUUAAGCAGGCAUUUACUGGUGACCAAAGAUCUGUGGAAUUGGCUGCGCAGAGCAGAGCGAAAGGAUAUGAGUCUUUCUUCUACAGGAACCAGGUGCAUCCUUUUUUCAAUAGUUUUUGUUUUUCUCUGGAUGAACCUUGUACUUAAUAAUCUAUUCUAGAUAGAGAGAGAGAGAGAUGACAAAGUGAAGUAGACUCCACUUAUUUCCUUAGAGUGGAUAAAUAACAAAAUUACCUGUUUUGCUCAGAGCCAUAAAUCUGCAGUUGUCAGACACGUUAAAGAGCACUGAAAUGACUUUAUCACAAAAAUGGGUUUAUAAUACCUUAAAUACUAGCAGAAUCAACUCAUUACUACAGAUGAUGAAAAUUUGCAGUCAAGCAGCUCCUUGGCCUAAAAGUUCCUGGAACUUGUAGGUGGCAAUGAGGCUUCAGUUGAUAACCCGGCCACAGUCUCCUGAUUAACAUCAUUAAUCUUCUAAUAUUAGAGAACACUGGAUCAUUUUACAUGAAGAAAUUGAUAAAACCCACCUUAAGUCCAGUUUACACUUAAUGUAAUCUCAUAUAAAUAAGAAUCCACAAAGUAAUACAGCCCACAGUCAUCUGUCAAGUAUGUUCUACAUUAGUUUGUUGCAUUGGUUAAUACAUUACAGGGCUUGAUAAAUACAUUGAUUAAUGCUCGCUGUUCAAGACCUGCUGAGCCAUCACUAUGUUAGAUGCAACACACUUCAAGUCACAUCAUUGGGCAGUUGCUGGGACACUGUGACUUGGCCCAGGUCCCGCCUGCUUAACUUCCCACACCCACCACUACCACCCCCUCCAUCCCUGACCACCAGCCCCCGCCCAGACCUCUGCUAGUCAGCCCAUCGCAGCCUCUGGCCACGUCUCAAAACACCGCUUUGUACACAAGCGGACGGUGGAAGUUGCCGAGCAGCAGCUGGCGGACUCUGACGGGAGGAGCGGAGAGCACCGCGGGGUGUUGGGACAGAGAGAGGGAGAGAGGACUCCACACCGGCUCCGAGGACAUGCAACUCGACCGAAAAGCAGCGCUGGAGGUAAAUUACUUCUCUUAAAUGUAGCGGAACAACACAUGCAGAGUACCCAUAUCAUCCCCAUUCACUUCACACCACUUUCCUGCUCACCUUGGUGAUCCGUGUUGUGAAUAUUUUUGGGACCGGAGGGAAGGAGCUCGCGGGCGCUCCUCGUGUACAUUAUUUUGUCCUCAAAUUCAGCACCGAAACCUGGGAGCACGAGCGAUUUUUAGGUGGCUUAAUAGUGGCCGAAAACUUCUCAACCUUGUCUCAAAUAAAGUUUAUUGAACGCUUUCAUGCUCAGCCCCCUCUGUAGACACAGGGGGCACCAUAACACCCCAUUUGUAGUUGGGGUGUUGCAUAGCAAGUAGGUAGGCUUCUUGGUCCGGGUACUUCUCUACAACUCUUCACUUGAUAUUUCUUGAAAACUCGAAAAAGAGGACUGGGGACUCUUGUGGGUAACCAUGUGGUUGUCUGAGGUGUCCCAGGAUGAGGCUCAGUAACUUUUAAUUACACGGUUAAGAGGACAGGACGGGGUCGUGGAGGUCAUAGGUGCACUUAGGAGGGUACAGACUUUCAAUUAGCCCGAUUUCCAUGGUGAACAAGCUAAGAGUAUAUUGUGACCAUGUCAUCAAUUUGCUACUCCACAGAAGUGGAUACAAGUCCCCUGAAAUACAGGAUUUGUUUUUUUUUUUGUGGCUUCUUAGUCUGUGAUUGAUUCUCAACCUGAGACAGAUUAAAUCUUGAAGUGAAAAGACAUUUGGUAGGUUGGCAUGCUCAUUUGUUUAUAAAGGCAUUGACAGACAGGCAAAAACAUCAUCACUUCUUGGGCUCCGUUUCUUAAGUGCAUAAUGAUGUAUGAAUGAGCACUUGUAGAAGUGUCUUGUCUGACAUGUUUUAUAUCUUGUAGCAGCCUCAUUCUAUCAGAUUUAAUGUCACCAUACACCAUAUUUUUGUUGAUAAAGCUACAGAGAUGCUGUUAUUCAAGGUCUUGGACUCAUUUAAUCUCUUUCAAAUAACAUUAUCUUAUCCCUGUCCUGCCCUUUUCAAGGAUGGGUUAAACUUUUUCACUGUAUAAUUUAUGUAAGAUUUGUCAAAACCUUUUAACAUCAGUGUAUUUGUGAGGAAAUAUUUAAGGAAAUAUUUGAUCAAAAUUUUAUGCAAGAUCUCUAUUUUUUUUCUUCUGCACAGUGUGCUCUCAAACAGUCACACUGAAACAAUGUCUAACCCUAAAUCUCAUACACAUGAUCUAGCUAUCAUCAGCCUUACUCCUCCUACCCUUCUGUUUCCAGAGAACAUCAUUACCUCUGUAGCCUGGACUCCAAAGGGCUCUUUCUGUUUCUUCAAGCUUUGUUUUCUUUCCGAUUGUGACAAAAGGAUAAAGUUUCCGCUCAACAAAGAUUUACUCUACCUGUAGUUCCUUCUCCUCCCCUACUCAUACAUAUUAACCUUGCAUUAUAUUGCACAGUGUGCUUCUGUUUCACACCACUGACCCCAAUAAAGCCCAUAUUUUUAUCAUCUGUCUUAUCUUUCCUUUUUCCUUUUGUAUUCAGCUUCUAUGUCCUCCACUAGAAUGAUUAUUUAUAAUGUUUUUUUUCUGUUAGCAUAAAGGUAAUGAUCAUUGACUGUAUGGUAAUAUUGACUUUUAAAUUGCAGUAUUAGAAUAUGUGAAGAGAUCACACAUGUUAACAUAUCAUUGUCAUUAAGUUACCUCUCUCCUCUGAAUACAACCAUGCAAUAUGUGGACUCAACUAAAAUCAGAGACCAGAGGAAGAUGGUUUCAUAAACUAUACUAAUGGUGUGUUCAGAGCUAGUACAUGUAGUUUCUAACUGAAUGUCUGUGAUCUGAAUUUUCAUUUUCUCUCUGGCUCCCCUGUUUCUGUUGUGUUAUAUUCAGUAACUGGGAAAUGCCAUUUCAGGAGGUGGCUGGUCUAGAAUAAAAGUAUUUCACCAAUCAGACAAUUUUUACUGUGGAACAGGGAUGUAAUUUUUCAGUAUUUUCCACUUUUAAUACUUACUAAAAAAAAGAAAGACGUGAUUUUUCCUGAGACAACAACAGUAAUUAAAUGGUUUUUUUCCCUCCACACUUAGUUCUGUAGUUUCUACUGUGAUAUAUAAGAUACAACUGACAUAAUGGGUAGCAGAACAUAUAGGGGUGUAAAAAAUUUUAACACCUAGAAAAAGAGCAUGAGCGUACCUAUUUUGCUCUGCCUCCAUGCCUUGUCAUUGUAAACACUGAUGCCAAAUUAAAUACGAGGUGGAGGUGUUGCUCUUUGAGUGGCUUCUGUUCUGUUUUCACCAGGAUACAGUUUAGUCAGUCAUAAAUUACUCCAUUCCAUUACUUUUCAAUCAAUUAUUACAUACUUGCCAUCGAGGCUGCAUUUGCACCAGUGGUAGUAAACCUCUGUCAGGCCUCCAUUGUCCCCAAUGAACUUGGGUGUCUGUGACAUCAUCAACUCAAUUCACUUCUUUAGUAUGAUAAAUAAACAACUCUGGUCUGCAGUCACUAAACCUCAAGUCGAAUUCAAAAUGUUUUUUCUGGCUAAUUGGCAAGUGAACGUGUUUGAAACAGGCUUUAUAGCUUUGAAAACCUGGUGUUCACCAAACACGGUCAGCUGUAGCUUCAGAAACCAACAUGGCAUUUAUACCAAGACAUUGUUUCAGCAUUGGUUCAAGCUCCUUUUAGUCAGUCAAAGAGAUACCAAACAGAAUUUAUUUUGAUUCACAAAAAGCUGUCUAUGAUGUUGUUACCAGUGGCCAAAUAAUCAAUGCAGCUUAUGUUACUAAGUAAUUCACAAGUGAAGUGUUUAUAUGUUGUGGUAAUGAGUGUAGAUUUAGGUCUUAAGAGUCAGUGAAGUGAGCAGCUGUCUGCGGUUGUUGUUGAAGAAGACUGCCUUGCUGAGAGGUUUAUUUAUCUUCUGAGUACUGUUGUCUUCCCACUGAUACACACGGCUGUUUUUUGCAGCUGCAGAAAACCCUGAUACAACCUGAAGGGCUUUUUGGGCCAUCAUGAUGACAGCUGAGUGUAACAAGCAUGCUUUAGACAGUCUUAUUUGGGCUGACUGUGCCCUCAAUACAUAAGGGGACAUUAGAACCUAGAAAAAUAUAAAAGCUUUCUUUUUCAUCUUUUAUUCUAAACACACAGGGGUAAUACAUUUUGCAUGUGGCAGGUGAAUUUUUAUAACAUUGCCGUUUUGUCCUGUAAUAAUGUUUAUUACCUUAGUAAUGUUAUUUUAACCAUGUGUGGCCAAUGCCCCCUGCACAGCACUUCCUUCAGCUGCUAACCCUUCCUGCUGCCCCAUGGAAGAUGUACUCAUGUGUUUCAUAUGAUAGUUAUGAGGUCAACUUGUGUUUUUAAUCACAAACAGAAAAGAAGCACCAGUCAUUCGUAGAACUUGUGGCACCCCAACCAACAACUGUUAGUGCUGCUAGACCAAAAGGCUGCAGAUUCGAAGAGCCUCGUUGUUUACAAUGCCACCACCUAGUGAUUGCCACUGACAACAUUUUUAGUGUGUAACCACAGAUUUAUGUAUGUAGUGUCUAAUGUCAUAAUAUUUAGUAUAUCAUCAAUGCUCUAAUCCUCUCCCUAACCAAAGUUUUUGCAGCAAAAUCAAAGUCUUAGAGAUGCAGCUCUGAUACUGCGGCCUCCAGCUCUUCCGACACAUGUUAUUGUGGGAAAGACAGACACUUCUUCUGUCUCUAAAGUCAACACGGCAAAUCUUGCAGUCUGAGCCUUGUAAGACAUUAUUGUUUCAUAGGUAACAUUUUGGUACUAUAUUUAAAAAAAGUUGUCAGAAGAAUUUGAUUCUGUCUCUGGUUUACAAAGUAAAGCAAGUGCAAAAGUGUCUCAGACCUGCAUCUUUAAAAGAAAAAAAAAAACAGAGAGACACAUAGUGGGUUUACUGAAAACCAGAAAAAAAUAUAUUUUUCUCAAAUGAAUCCAAUCGAAGAAAAAUUAAACCUAUUUCGCUACAGUCUUGAUUACUCUUUUAAAUCCUCCUUCAAUACAGCAACCAUUAGAUGAUCUCAGGAUAACACUGGACCAUUGCUUUAUUUAAUAUUUUUUUAGAAGUCAACCAGGGGUACACAUGGGUGGGAAUGAUUUUGAAAUAUUGAUUAUGAGGUGAUGCCAUAUCCCCAUGCUUUGACAGUGAGAUCACUAUUAUUUAUUUUUCCCUAACCUAAAAGAAUUCACCUAAACAACUGAUUGUGCCGUAUCAGAGGCCAUAACAACGGCAGUAGUAAUCAAUUUGUCUUAAGUUUCUGUAAACUUCACCCGUCAGGAGUGACUGUCUGUUUAGUGAAAGAAACUGUACUACAAAUGUAUAUAUAAAGAGAUGCAUGGCAUACAGCCCAUCGGCACACUCUGUGACAUGUAACACUCCCUGUUGUGUUAACAUAUUAAAGAGUCGAUAAAGGUCAUAUUCAAAUGCCAUGUAAGUGGAGACAGCGUUGUUGUUUGGUGCCAACUUUUUUAUGUUUAUACUGUCUCUGCCAGUUAAAAGGUAAGCUCUCUUCUUAUCUGCAGUUUGAAUUCACGUUUCUUUCCUCCAGUCUGCCACAAUGUUAAAUAAUUAAAGAUUUAAACAAAGAAGAGAGCAGUUUGAAAUUAUUAUCUGGAUACAAUCUCUGAGAAAAUAAGGCAUACUACAAGGAAUUACAGUUUGUGGCAACUCAAGGACUAUGCUGAUCUGCCUGGGUCAGAGAUGAACUCAAAGUUUUAGAUGCGGGACUGGGUUUUGCACCAUCAAAAGUUGAAAAAAAGUAAAGAAAACUGAGGAUGAACAUGAGAAUCAGUAUUGUUGACUCUGUGUGGGUACACAACCAAUUUAAAUCUAGUUUGAUUCAGUUCAACUUUUGGUUGACCCUAUACAAAAGGUUCAGGUGAGCCUUUAGCCUCCUCGCCACAGUAUAGAAGAAGUCUCCACCUCCCAAUACAGUGUGUAUGGCGAGAGAAACAAGCUAUUAGGACUGGAAGUGUCUUUUGUACCAGGCUGCAAAUAUGUUUGUUUAUGCUGGAACAGUGUGCAUUUUAGCAUAAAGUAGUGUCUAUUUUUGGCUUUUUUUGGAACCAGCCUCAAGUGGACAGUCAGUGAACUGCAGUUCCUCAAUGUCCCACAUUAACCUUAUUUCUAAACAUUUAAGACUGCUGCCUUGUUUAUUCUUGGGGUGAAAAUAUACCAACAACAGAGAGAAUGUCUAGUCAAAUGAUAUGAAAUGCUGCUUAGUUGAGACAAUUGCAACUGUGUAAAGUUCAGCAAUCUGUUGAGCCAACCAAGUAUAUUAGAUGUUAAGAGAUGUAGUUUAUUGUAUACAGGCUAACUGGUAUUGAUACUGAAUUAAAGGGAUAGAUAAUCUGUACUUCUUCACUGAAAUUGCUGUGAACCUCUCACAGGCCCCUAACGACAGGUUUAGACACAGUGAGAUUUCCUGCGUCACAUAUCCAAGCUCUCCAAGCUAGCCCACUCUGCAGGCCAGACUCCGAGAAGUAGAGAUGACGAUCGUGGAGCAAGAGUGUGCAGUAGCGGAUUGGAAAUUUUGCAAUGCUCGUAAGAAAACUUAUUAUGGUACUAGCUUUCAUCAUGCCACCAAAGACUCUGGGACACCAUGUCCAAGAGUUAAAUAGCUUUCAUAUCACCUGCUGCUUCUGCUUCACAGGUAAUGUUAGGCUGCAAUCCGUCAACGACUCAGAGGUGAAUUGAUAAUGAGCUACUGAAAAUGACACCGGUAGCAUGAUUUUGGCUAAAAAAACUCAUAAUUACAACUUAACGACCACUGAGAACACUUUAAAUAAUAAAAAAAAAUCGAUUGGAGUGGGACUUAAAUGACAUGCUUACUAUUAAAACAUAAAAUGGCAAACAAAGUCUGUGUCAGUAUAUAAAUAUAAACUUGAUAGUAUGUGUUAUAAAUGUGAUGGCAUGUUUUUCAGCUCCAGAUGAGAGUUGAGUCUGAAUGCGAGGGAAAGAGAGGGAGUAGAGAGAGACUGGAAGAGGUAUCUGUCAUGAUGUCUUGUGUUUACCCUUGUGUCCUGAGGGCCGCAGGGUGAACAGCUCAUGUCAAGACUUGUACAAUAAGCUCAACAGAUUAUAGUAUGCCUGUAUGGAUCCUCUCAGUCAGCAUCUUGCUUUGGCAUGGGAAGCUUUUUUUGAAUGACCAAAGCACUCUCUGCUUCCAUCUUUUUCCUCUUUAGAAAAAAGACUAGUUGUGGAGUUUGGGUUGGUUUUCACAAGGCGUGUAAGAGGUGUGCCCCUGCUUUACAUGUAACUCUUAAAAACCCUAAUUUCUUCUUCAGUGAAGAGUUAAAUACUGAUGACAGCCUAAAUUUUCCACCUUAAAAACUCCCCUGACAGUGACUUUUAGAAAUGCUUGGUAGAAAACACGUGUGUUUUAACAAGGUAAUUUAGAGUUUCAUGACUGCACAAUAGAAUUGAGGCAAAUAUUUCAGAACUUUAAACCAUUAGAGCAUCAAAAUUUGUAGAUCUUGGCUGUAAAUGCAAAUAUUCAUGCUAUUUCAGACACAUAUUCCACUGCAUCUACAUCCACAUGUGGCACCAUAAAGCUCACGCCACAUUUGCAUGUCAACAGGUGAUAAAGAUGUAACUCAGAGCUUAUCAAAACAAACAAACAGCCCCACCCCUUCAGCAUGUGGAACAUAUGCCAAGUUCCUGCACAAAUGGUGCUCAUUUCAGUAUUUAUGUAAGAUUCACUGGUGGACUGGUGGAAACUGAGUUUUGCAGUAGUGUGUGACACAGCAAAGCAUUCAAAAGUAUGGGCUUUCUAAAUCAAUGUAAUGCACAUGUAACAAAUUGCUACGAGGAGUCAAGUCUGUUGAGCUGAAUGUGGAGAAAUAAAGACAGUUCAGGGCAAAACAAAGUUUAUGUAACCCUUCAUCUCCUAUUGCCUCUCCCUCAUAAAAAAAGAGUUAGUCAGUCCACAAGGGGUGAAAUCUAGUCUUAAGAUCUCCUGUUUAGUCUCUGUUCUGUGUGCCCUUUUUCCAGUAUCUAUCCUCUCACUGUUUAUUAUCUCUUUUCUUUGCAUUUGGGUGUUAUAGGCAGUGGAAGCUAACAUGGGUGGGGGUGCCAUUGAGCCUCCCAGAGGUGUGGUAGGCCUUACUUGAAAUUGGGGAGGGUGGGUUCCCACUUGAUAACCCAGUGAUGAGCUCUCGCUGCCCAUCUAGUUCCACAGUCAGCAUGCCUGGGUCAUAAGGGGCAGAGUGGUAGGGUAGGUAGCAUUACAUUGUCAUUGGGCUCACACGUACUUGGGUCUUUUGAAGGUUGCCAUGCUAUAUGAGUUGCACUAGCCUCUAAUUGGCUGCUCAUACUUAUCAUUUACAUCCACCUGUGUGAUUAGGAACACAAAUGACCAGCCUUAAAUACAACUUGCACCAGCCAUGGAUCUCCAGUAAUCAGAUAUAACCUUCCCACUGCAGAUACAGAUUAACAUAGAGCCCCAUUCAUCUGCGUUAUACUUAAUAAACACAAAAUAACCAGGAAAAACCUCUUUGCCUAGACAGAGUCAAGGCUGUACUUUCUUCCUCACACAGCGCAUGAGCAACAGUGCGUCACAGGUGAUCAUGGACAUACAUUAUAACAUAUUAGAAUUGGAUUGUAUAAAGCAUAAAGCUCCUAAUGUUGCACAGUAGACUUUAGUGUCUGACUAUAGUGAUCAACAUCAUAACACACAGAUCCACACAUGGCCUCUUACUGUGAUUUGUUAAUGAACUCUCACGACUGUUCACUGCUCUGUUCGUUAUUCACAGCAUGUGGAGGCAUUGAUCAGGAAGUAUAUCACGGUGUGCGAUAAAGGACAGAUUUGUACGCUUCUAUCCAGUAAAGACAGACAUCUUUUCUCAUCAACAUCAAACACUUCAACCACUUCUCUCAUCUUUUACUUACUGUAUGUCUCCUUUUACUUUUUCCUCCUUACAAUGUGACUGUCCUGUUUUAAAAAAGUUCAAUUAAGUCCUCACUGACUUAAUAUGGAUAUUACAAGUCCUACAUUAUUUGUACAUCCCCAACACAUAAACUAUGUCCACACAUGAUUACAAAAUUCAGUAGGGAAGUGUUAAAUCAGUCAUGUAUGAGGGUCAGGAGGGACAGAGAAACCUGCAAGUCAUUUUACCGAUUGUGACAUGAGUGUGCUCUGUCAGAAGAGGUGCAGUGGGAUGAGGGGGCAACAUGGCCUCGGGUUGAUGCUCAAUCAGUAUUUACCUUUUUUUUGGUGAAUACUGUCCCAUCUGUUAUGUGGUUAAGGCAAGCUAUGUCACUGUUUUUCAUUGUAUAAAAUUUAUUGCGUCACAACCUGAAUAUCACUUCUUCUCUAUAAAACCUAAAAAUAAUUACCGAAUAUGAGCAGAGACCAUGAGCAUGGUUUCAGGAAGUUGAAUGGUUGGUGCAUAAGAUCUUUAAGUGAUAGACAUUAAUCGUGUAAAACAAUAAAACCUUUGUAUCAUUUUAAUAGUGUUUGAAUGAAAACUUUUUAUUUUAAUGCCAAAUUAUAUGUUAUAUAUUCAUCUAUUUUGUCCUGUUUACAGCCAGAAUCUUGGUUUGGGUUUUUGCUCUGUUGCAUACUAACUUGUGGCUGGUUUCAUAGUUGUCCAUUUUAAAUACAGUUGUGGCGAUACACAACAGAUCAUGGUAAAUUCUUGUAACUAUAAUUUUCUUAUUUAAAAAUGUGUCAAAUUUCAUUUAUUUGUUCAAUUAUGUCCUUAUUAUCUUGUCGAUUACCUUAAGCAUGAAAGUGUUCUCAUAUUCAUUCUCUAUUGUUACAUUUAUAAUUACAAAUGCUCUGGUGACUGUAGACAGAAACAGGAGUUUUUACGUAGUGCAAAAGAGAAAAAGACUGGUGUGUGAAGUAAAGAUACUAUUAGUGAAGGUUUUAAGUAUUCCAGUGUUUCAUGAGUUACUCAACAUGUCCAUUUUUUCCCAUCCUCUAUCCCUGUCUUUGUCUCAAUCCCUCUCAUCCUCUAUUCAGCUCUCUCUUUCCCCCACUAUCCUGUCUUCUCUGUAGCACAAAGGACAAAACAUUGAAAAAGUAGAAGACAUUGAAAGGAGAGAUAUCUUCAUCAAGCUCCUGUAG